UAGGCAUGGCUUUCCAUUUCAACCUACAUCGAUGGCGUUCGAUCCAGUUCAGCAGUUAUUGGCUAUCGGGUCAAAAUGCGGAUCUUUGAGGAUAUUAGGACAACCAGGUGUAGAUGUUCAUAUUCGGCAUGAUAUGGACGGUCCUCCAGGUUCAGCUGCGGUACUUCAUUUACAAUUUUUAUUUAACGAAGGUGCCCUUGUAUCGGCAACUGCUGAUGAUACCAUUCAUUUAUGGAAUUUUCGGCAAAAAGUGCCACAAAUUGUACAAAGUUUAAAAUUUCAAAGAGAAAAAAUUACGUCUAUUCAUUUACCUUUACAAUCGAAAUGGAUGUAUGUCGGUACAGAAAAAGGAAACAUACACAUUAUCCAAUUAGAAAAUUUUAUAUUAUCUGGUUAUGUUAUUAAUUGGAAUAAAGCAAUAGACAUGUCAAGAAAAACACAUCCGGGACCUGUAGUUCACUUAAGCGAUAAUCCUAUAGACCCAAAUAAGUUAUUAGUAGGUUACGAAACUGGUCAGAUAGUUUUAUGGGACCUAAGAAGUAAAUCGGCAGAAUUACGUUGUCAAACACUUGAACCAAUUAGGUCGAUAGCGUGGCAUUUCGAAGGCAAACAAUUUAUGUGCUCACAUACGGAUGGAUCAUUAACGACGUGGAGCAUUAAACAGAAUAACAAACCCAUUCAUGUAUCUCAACCUCACGCGAAAGUAAAUAAAGAUGGGAAAUUAGAGCAAUGCAAGCCGAUUAAUAAAGUUGAGUGGAAAUGUUCAAAGACGGGAGAAGCAUAUGUGAUAUUUUCGGGUGGAAUGCCUUACGAUCAAGCAGGUAGAACACCUAGUAUAACUGUUGUACAUAGUAAAACCACAACUGUAUUGGAAAUGGAGCAUAAUGUGAUAGAUUUUAUAACUCUAUGUGAAUCACCUUAUUCUAGCGAAAUGCAAGAACCCUAUGCAAUAAUAGUUUUAUUACAAAAUGAUUUAGUUGUUAUGGAUUUACAAACAUUAGGGUUUCCAUGCAUUGAAAAUCCGUAUCCUAUGGAUAUACACGAAUCACCUGUGACCUGUUGUGCGUACUUAGCCGACUGUCCGGCGGAUCUUAUACCCGCUUUAUAUUCCGUUGGUAGAGCGAGUGCAUCAAAGCGGGCAGGUUUCUCCGAGAAAGAGUGGCCUAUUAGCGGUGGAACCUGGUCUGCUCAGUCGUGCAGUUACAGUGAAGUCGUUAUGACGGGUCACUCCGAUGGAAGUAUAAAAUUUUGGGAUGCCAGCGCGGGAACGCUUCAAGUAUUGUACAAAUUAAAGACUGCGAAGGUUUUCGAGAAACCCAAGGCACGGUCUGUAGAAAAUGAAGAAGAGCCCUUCGCCGUACAGUUAAUAUCUUUGUGCCCAGAAUCUCGCAAGCUUUGCAUCGCAGGAGCUUCAAGUUAUGUCAUACUUUUUAAGUUUAAAAAAUCGGAAACAAGCGAAGAAGUUACGGUGUUGGAAAUUCCAAUAGUAUAUGAAAUUCCCGACGACAUUGAAUGUUCGCCAGACUGCGAAUUUGCCGGCCCAGGUAGUGCAGGAUCCGGCAAUCGGAUGGAUGUCUUAGAUACUGAUGCGAAAAAGGAAACUACGCUUCGGGUUCGAACUGGAGUUCAAAAAAAAGUGCCUGGUUUUCAAGCGCAAUUAGUGUGCCUCACGCCUUGGAACAAUGGCGAACCGCCAAGCCAUAUUACUUCUUUAACUAUCAAUAGUUCAUACGGAUUAAUGGCAUAUGGUAAUGAAGCUGGACUAGCAGUGGUGGAUAUAGAACAGAAAGUGUGUCUUUUAAACAUUGGGAGUCCCGAUUUGUAUGGAGCUCAGGAUCCAUACUCCCGUGCACCUCGGAGUCCGAAAAAAGGUCAAUUAGCAAACACAGAUGUCCUUGGUAUAUACCCUGAAAAGGAAGAACGUCAGCCAAGGAGUCCUAGCGUGGAUCAGAUGGGACUCUCUCCGGAGUCUCCUUAUUUCCCGUGCCCCUGCCCCACUCCUGUCGAACCUGCAUAUGAGGCACUAGAAGAGGAUCAAGCAGUUUCUAUUCCUCAAGCCAAUAAUCGCCGCCGAUCGUCCAGUUGGAAAACAUUUAAUAUUAAAAAGCAAUUGUCUAAGGUAGAUUUAAAACUAAAAAGCACGUUUUCUGGAAAUGAAAGUGUUAAAGAUAAAAGAAACUCAAUAUUUUAUUCUGAUAUUUCUCCAAGCCCUGACGUCGACGACAUAGAAGAGCAAUCAUCACCUGAUACAGCAGAAAAUACUAUAAUCGAAAAUACGGUUACGGAACUUUCUAGUCCAGAAAAACCUUGUGAAGGUAGUAAUAGUUACGAUAGCGUUGAAGAGUUCCCCGCCGAUAUUGAAUUUGUAUGCAACGAACAAACAAAUGAAUCUCCUACCGUUGUGGGUUCACUUGGUUCCGAAAACGAACUUACACUAGAUGCGAAAACAAGUAGCGUUAGCAGACCUGAUAACUUAGAUUUGACGGACGAGAGUGGUUGUCCUAUUCGUCCGCCACGACGUAUUAAAAAAAAGAUUUCGGAUAAAAGAGAUCAAAGACUGUUAUCAGUGCCAAACGUGAAACUGCAAAAGCCAGACUUGCAACACUUGAAGGACUUGCGAAACAAACAGGAAACGCAGUCGACUAAUCAACCCUCGUUUGCAGGCAGUUUGAUCCGACGUUUCAACAAGCUGGACAGCUCAUUUUCAAGAUCACGCUCAAGUUCGAUGAGUUCGCUAGAAAACAUCACAUCAGAAGCAAUCCAAUGUUUAGCGUUUGCAGAUUCGUACACACGGAAAUCAGAACCUGCCACUCUAACACCAACUUUGUGGGUGGGAACAAGUUUAGGAUCAGUGUUAACAAUUCUAGUAACUCCUCCAGACCCAGACAGUCGUUCUUCACAACCGGUUGUCGUUUCACUUGUUGGAGUGACAAUAUUUAGAUUGAAGGGCACAAUUCUAACAAUGUCUUUUUUGGAUUGUAAUGGAGCCCUUAUACCAUACUCUUUUGAGUCUUGGAAGGACGAUAACAAAGAAAGGAGAGACAGUAAGUUGAAACUCUUUGUUUUAUAUGUAGCAAACUAUGGUCUCGCAGGAACGCCUACAAGAUCUCAAAACAGGAUGAGUCCUACGUUAAGCGAAAACCAAAAUCGCGAUUCGUAUAGCGAUCGGCAAUUUGUUGUUAUCGCAAGUGAAAAACAAGCGCGUGUUGUAGCUCUACCUUCUCAAACUUGUGUGUACCGUCAACAAGUCGCUGAUACAGAUUUCGUGGUAAAGGCUGAAACUAUUUCUAUAAAAGACAGUGUUUGUUUAGUAUGUUACAUAUCGAAUGGUCACCUCGUUGCAUAUACAUUACCCAGCUUAAGGCCACUAAUAGAUAUAGAUUUUCUACCUUUAAGUGAACUUAGUUUCCAGACACAAUCUAACAAAGGCAUUGUAGACCCAAUGUUAUCCAUUUGGGGACAACAACUGAUUGUUAACGAGGAUACAGACCAGAUCAGCCGGACAUUCUGCUUCAGCAACAAGGGUCAUGGCCUCUACCUCUGUUCACCAUCGGAAUUGCAGAAGUUUACGUUGUGCAGUGAUUUUUGCUCCAACAUUCCGGAAAUGAUGGGAGAACUGUUUCUUCCAUUGGAUAUGCCAGAACCACCCAAGGAAAGCUUCUUUAAGGGGUUAUUUGGAGGUGGCCUAAGAUCAUUGGAUAGAGAAGAAUUAUUUGGAGAAUCCAGUGGGAAAGCGAACAAAUCAGUAGCAAAGCACAUACCUGGAAGUUUGCAAGAACUUGGUGGACGUGCCGGAACCGCAGCUGGUGAAAUAAGUAGAGCUCAUAAACUAGCUUUAGAAAGAGGCGAAAAGCUUAAUCAAUUAGAAGAACGUGCUGAGCGUAUGAAGAACGAAGCGGAGAACUUUUCGCAGUCUGCCCACGAGUUAAUGUUUAAAUAUAGAGAUAAAAAGUGGUAUCAGCUGUGAACUGUUUAUUUGUUACCUAUUAUUGUACAGAUUUCAUACCGACGUAUAAUAGGAAUGUAGUCAAUAAAUAGCAUCUUAAGUGCUGUAUAUAUAUAGUACUGUGUUACAAAGCCAUACUUGUCUUGUUUACAACAGAUUUAUACGUUUAUACUUACACCUAAAUAGCACAUAUCAUGUUGUAAAAUUCCUCAAGAACUUUGCUAUAGUAAUAGUGAAACUGUGGCACGUUCGUUUCUUUUUCUUACAUAUGAAGUACAGGGUGCAGUAUUGAUUUCUUUAUUAUGCAAGGUAAUAUAACUUAUGCAAGGCAUUGUUAACAUUCUGAUGAAUAUAAUAUAUAAUAAUGAAUUGCAGGUAUGGCUACUUGUUUGUAACAUAGUACAUUUUUCUAUCUAUGCUGUAGGUUCUUGUACUUAUUGCAAAUUGUGAUAUUCUAUUCUGCCUGGGGAUAGUUUUAACUUAUAUUUAAUUUAAUACUGUUAUUUAUAUAAGGCACAUAUUCUUUGUAUAACAUAGAAUACCCAUAAACAUAGUAAAUUUAAAACUUAAAUUAUAGCUCCUAGAAUAAGUUUGUAACAAAAGAAAAAAGUGUGUAAUGCUGUUGCUUUAAUACAUUUCCCUGUACCUUACGUAUUUGUGAUGAAACAUUGUACAUUUGUUAACGUUAUUUGGACAGUUUCUUUAAUUCGCUUUUAUAUUUAUAGGCCAUCUUCAUACAUAGUGUAAAAAAUAUUAUUUUAGUGCGUGCUAUUGAAGUAAUAUGAAAUCACCUUAUAUUCCAUGCUGCUAUACCAUUGAAUAAUAAAUAUUAAUAAUCAUUAAAUCAGUAGAUUGUACACUGUGGCCAUUUAAGACAU